ACAGAACACAGUCGAUUAACGAUUGCUCUUUGGAGCAAAGGAGCGACCAAUUUCCUCACUUUCUUGGGGCCACACCCCUCCCGACCCGCUGCGACAAAUAACUAGCUCACGGCACACUAAGGUAGGUCGUUACGAAAAGCAGGUGACCGAGAACGAAGGUCCGAGCUGGAUAACAACCAAAGUUGUUAGCCAACUUUGGAGCAGACUAGAACGAGGCUUGUUCUGAUCUUGAUCGGCUCGGCUGCCCUUUACCGACGAACCACCGCUUCUCGAUCCAUUCGACGUCGAUCAGCUCAGACCAGCCAGGAACACCCGGCCCUUGGCCAAGCGUGGCAUAGGUACAUCGGCCGAGUCUAGCCUCGUCCUCCAAGCUGGAGGCCCAGGAAUAGCUGCUCGUCUUCGUGCCCAGUAAUAGUGAGGAAGAGAAGAAAGGUGGGAUUCAUGACCCCCAGCUAGUCCCUCAUGAGAACUACACUCCGUGUCAGUGGGGAUGCGUUGCGAGGAUUGCCGUUGUCGCGCCUGGAGCAUCCACCAGUCUUGUACCGCCACCUUGUCUUACCCUGACACCCUUGAUAUAUGUCUUGAACGGGCCCCAAGCCGUUCACAUGAAGCACGUAUCCAUACUCUCUCUCUCUUAGCUUGAUCAACGGUCUUCUCAUUCCCGGGCUUACCACGCGAGGUGAGAAAUAUAUCAGUGAGCAGCCAGUUGACCAUCGAGGUCUAUGAGAGACAUUCCAGAACGACACGUUUUCGGGCGGACGUUCUCUCAUGUUGCCGUCAAGAUGCCCGCAACAACAGAGGACUUGUUUGCAGAGUACCAUGGACAAGUGGUUCCAAGAGCCUUCAAUGGCGGCUUCAUCACUCUCAGCUUUGCCGUAAGCUUGAUCGGCGCCGCUUCCACGCUGGAACUGCUCAACAGACGGACUUCACCCAAGGGCAAAUUCAACCACCUGCUCCUGGUCAGCUCAGCGGUUACGAUGGGCGGCAUCGCAAUUUGGUGCAUGCAUUUCAUCGGAAAUAGAGCCAUAGACUUGGCCAACGGAGAACCGGAGUUGCAAAUUGCAUAUUCGAGCGGCUUCACAGCCUUGUCUUUCUUCGUCCCUAUUGCCGUACUUCUCGCUGCCUUUGUCGCCGUCGGUAUCAACAAUACCGUUUCUUGGUGGCGAGUCUGCAUUGGAGGUGUUUUGGCUGGUGCUGCAAUCUGCGGAAUGCAUUAUCUCGGAAACAACUCCAUCGACAACUACAUAUGCAUUUACAAUCCGAUCAAUGUUGUUGGUGCGGCACUCAUCGCAGUCGCUGCUAGCAUAGUGGCUCUCGCCCUCUUCUUCGUCUUCCGCGCAGCCUGGACCACAUCCUGGUGGAAACGAGCUGCUUGCUCCGUCGUCUUGGCCGGUGCAGUCUCUGGAAUGCAUUGGUGUGCUGCCACAGGUACCGAGUAUCAACUCGUUCGUCUCAACGUCGGAAGCAACGAGCUAUCCCGCAACACAACCGUGAUUGUUGUCAUUUGUUUGUCCAUUGGUGCCUGCUUCGUCAUGGGCGGAACAGCCAUUUACACUGCCCGCAUCAUGAGACGCUAUGCCAGCAAAGCUCAGCAGGUCGUCCUCGCUGCCGCGGUCUUCGACAAGCACAACCGCAUCCUCGUCAACCCAGAUGGCCUGAUCCCUACCGAGAAGAUCACCGACACAUUCCUUGAGAGAAAUGCUAGCGACAACUUCAGCAUCGCCCACCCAUUGUUCUUGUGGAUGUUCCAGGCCUCGCGGAAUUGGUCUGGCAUCUCGACUCUCAUAGGGGGGAUGACAAACCAUCUUGCCCACCUUCCAAGACGUGGCCGCGACCGUGACUCCCGUGCCGGCAUUCAGCUGAUUAACGAGCAUGGCGAGCUCAUCGAAAAUUACGACGUUAUUUUCCGCGAACUCUUUUGCGUCGCGGCUGCCGGCCUUGCCGAGAAGAUGAAGGAACACCUGACAUCUGUUGGACUCCUAUGGGACGAGAUCUUACCAACGGGCGCGAGCGGAGAACGUCCUGGACAUGAGACGAGCAGCCAGCAAGACGUCGACACCAUUCUGAGACCCGACGGUUCGUUAAGGAAGGUCGAGGCUACUGGUAACAGUGACGACCUUGCAGAAAAAGGCAUUGGCCGCCGCAAGGCUCACGAAUUCGGGCGGGGUUCUCUUAUGUUCUUGGUCCGACGAGUACAGACUGAUCGAGAAAUUGAGAGACUUGAGGCCGCUGGCUACCGCUUUGCAGAGCUCCGUCAAGUGAGCAACAUCAUCGCGUCCAGCAUGCAGAUCCAGUCGAGAGACCUGGCGACGAAGCUGCAGAACAUGGCUUCGUACGCCAACGACAAUAACCAGCUUGAGCCCGGUGUACACGUGAGCUUCUUUGGCAUUCGCGCUCGAGUAGGUAGUUAUGGGUUCGACGUUGCUGUUCGUAAGGGGGCCCGACAUCUCCUCCCCAGCGUGCAAAUGCCCAUCGACCGAGUCGAGCCCUGGCACCUCGGCUUUCUCCAGCAGCUCGACCGGCUGACCACGCUCGGGGUGAGCAGGAGGAUUGCUUCUAUGAGCAACUUAGGCACACGAGAGAUGCUCUUUGCAACACAGUUGACUGAGAGUAUCGACGCAUUGAGAACUUGGAUCGACGACCCGAUCUUCAAUGAAGCUAUUCUCACCAGUACCGUCGUCACUCUACCGGCGGGCGAAGGCUCGGCCUUGCAACCGACAAGCCUGAUCGCGUUCCGCCUGGUUAUCCCGAUCCACGUCAUAUUUUCCAGCCCCAAGUGUGAUUUCGUUCCGUUGAACUUUUUCAAGGUCCAUCAGCUUGUGGGUCGAGAUGCAUCGCGGCAUCUUGCCUUUACCCAGUCGGUGCACCGUGAGCUGGCACCGGUAGUCCAGUCGGUGCCGCUUGAAAAGCCCAGCCCUGCCAUAGCCACGGACGGAAAGCCUCGCUUCUCGUCACGUCUUCGUAAUCUUGGACGCUUCGGCCUGUCGCGCCCCGUCGAUUCGGAAGGGAAUCCGAUUUCCACAGCUCUCGGGCGCUCUUCAUCGAGGACAACUUCGAACGCAUCAAGCUCGACCCUCAAACUCUGGACAGGCCGACGGGACAGCGACCCCAUGUCACCAGGCACUUCAAGCUUCGAUGGACCGCCUCCCACAUAUUCGAAUAACGAGAUGGCCAACCAGUCUUCACCGUUUGGGGGCAUCAUGGUAUCAGAAGAGAUUCGUGUCGAGAUCCACAAAGCCGACGAAAUGUCUCACUCGGGAUCUCACGAUGUGGGUGUAUCUAAUCGAAGAACACCAACGAUGCUGGGCAGAAGGGCCAGCGACAACCCCGGAAACAUGGCCAGCAGUACUGGCGGUGACCAGACGACGGCUGUGACCGACGACUGUCGCGGUCCCAGUGCGAGCGGUAGUGCCAUUGAAAUGAGAACACUGCAGGUGGCUGAGGUGAGAACUAAUGUCCAUGCCGGUGGCGGCAUGCAGAGUUCGAAUGUUGAAGCGGAAAGAGUAAACGAUGUACCGACGUUUGUCGACGAGCUCUUCACCAUCGCCAUUGAGAGUCGAUGAUCGGUUUGGGAAACUAAAGAAGGUCCUUGGCGUUUCCGAGGAAGAUGUCGGAGUUAUUUGUGCUGGAUAUUUUUUUUGGGACGAAGGCAGGCAGCAUGGCUAGAUACCCGGGGUUUGAACCAAUGUAUAAGUAAGGUACGCAGGCGACAAAAAACGUUACCAUUAAUUCAGGAAGAGC